GCACCGCACCGCACCGCACCGCACCGCUUCUCCGAGAGGCGCUUGAGUGAAACGCGCAUGCGCAGUGUUAGACCUCCUGUGUGUCUUUCCUUUUCCGCGCCUGCUGCAGCUGCAGCUCCGGGCUCGGCUCGGUGCUCUUCCUCUCCUGGCACAGCAUCACAUUUGUUCUCCAUAGAGCAGAGCCGAGCUGAGCUGAGCUGAGCCGCGUCUCUCUCUGCAUGGACACAUCUGCUGGAGCCGCCAAUAUAUCUUCUCCAGUCUCACAUUGAGGAAUAACGCUGCUGCAGCUCCUGAGGCUGGUGAGUACGUGAAGGACACUUCCUUGCGUGACCACAACACCUGGAUUGCCUGGUACGUUUGGCUGCCAUGAUGCUCGGGUUACAAGGAAGCACUUCAUCCCCCAAAGUGUAUCGUUGUGUGGCGUGUUCAGCUACCUUCACUGGAUUGGCCUCCUUGCUAGUACAUCAGGCAACCCAUGCUAGUGCACUCUCCAAGGUUCCUGCCCCUGCACAGCCUAACUUCAGCCCACCUUUCACACUGUUUGCAACUAUGGACUCAUCCGGCGAGCACCCCAGUCCACCAACACUCUUGCCUGAGUCACCUUCUUUAUAUAUUUGUGAUUGCGGAGAGGAGUUUCAGGACUUCAAUCUUAUGCUGGAGCAUAAGCGCUCACAUGACUCUCAACCACAGCCACUGCAAGAUAGUAAUAGCGUUCUCUCUAGUGGAGCAGGGUGCGAUGACGUCUUUCCCACCCAGCGUGUAUCAUUCAUUCCAAUUGUGACUCAGCCAGGCUUGGUCCUUAGUUGCCCCUCUACCUCAAGGUUGCCAGCUGUCGAACUACCCACAUUAACAGACCAUAAAGCAGAUGUAAGCCUGAAGGAUGGCAUUGCCAUAGUAACCACUCCUCAAGGCCAGUGUACACCCCCUCAAAAUGACAGUGAGAAACAACUUGAGAACAUAACAGCCACAGCAGAGCACAUACCAGAUACUGUAGAGGACAUUUGUUUGCAGGACCAAACAAAUUCUGUUCUCAGCAGCGAAAAGGGUAAAAGUUUGCCAGGAAAUAACUCCCUAAUGAAGCUGUUGGCAUCAGCAUACAUGAAGCAAUUUCGACAUCCUCUGUCUCCGAAUCAAAACAGUGAAGUGAAAACAGUUACCCCCAAACAAGAAGUCGUCCCGGUUGAUAUAACACCAGUAGCAAAAACUGAGGUGCCCCCGACCAGCGAUCUCUCGAUAGCAGAGUUAAGGCGGCUGCUUGCAAAACCUGGUAUAAAGACAAAAGCUCCAUCCAUCAGCAAAGUCCUUGAGUCCAGUAAGAAGAAGGUUGUGUCUCUGACUAAGACUUUCUCACCUGUUGUGGUUCUUGAAACUCGUCAAAAGCUCAUUGGUCAUGGCAGUAAUGGCACAUUUGGGAGAUAUCAAUGUGGCCGCUGUCGAAGGGUCUUUCCAAACUUGGACAAGCUGACAGAGCAUCAUUUCUUGCACAAAAAAGAGAGGAUUAAAUGUUGUCGUCGCUGCAAACAGCUGAUCAUUGGGCGGCUGCCUUUACCUGACAAUCACGUAUGCCCUCAGUUAGGAAACAAGAGCAUGCAGCCAUCAAGCUCUUUUAAAAAUAAGAUACCAUUUGGCCAAAAAAUAUUGCCAUUCCAUAGUCUAAACAAUUCAAAAAAAGUUUUCUUUUGUCCAUUGUGCAAGCACAGCUACGCACGGAGGUGGAACCUCAAAAUGCACAAGUGCCAGGGCCCAGGCUCAGCCCCCUCUCCGCAGGCCAAUCCCUCCAUUCAGAGAAUGCCAGUACUGAGAUCAAACAGUGAAGCCAAAACGGAUGCAGAUGUUAAAGCUGGAUCUCUACUCAACAAGAGUGUUGCCGUGGGCACCGAAGUUACUGGUCGCAUCAAGGUCGAGGUGACCUCUCAAAAUUCAGAGCAGCAGUUGGCCUGGACUCCUCCAGCAAAAAGCUUCUCACCAUUCUACCCCAAAUCUCCCGUGAUGGAGGAGCACGAGAACGCCUCUCUGUGUGUGACUUCGCACCAGCAAGGAGAUGAAAACACUAGCUGGGAUUCAGCCACAGUUGAUAAUGAAGACAGUGAUGAAGGGGAGUGGACAAUGCCCUUGGAUGAUGAAAUGGAGGUGCUUGACUCUACAAAAGAUGCAGGUAACGACAGAGAGGUGAAGAAGUCCGCAGGAACGGCGCCCCCUAGCCUGCGCUAUUUUGUCAGUGAUGGUGUAAAACGUUACCCUUGUACCAGGUGUCAGAAAACCUACAGUCGCCCAUCUACUUUGAGGCGCCAUCUACGGCUGUGUGGAUUUAGGCCGCGUGUAACUGGGCCUGUAGCACAGAGUGGUGGUCAGGGUGCCACUCUUCUAACUGCCAACAAUACGAAACCAAUGUUUGAUUGUUUUGUCUGUGGGAAGACCUUUAACCGCAAAGAUAACAUGAUGGUUCACAGAAGGAAAUGUCAGAUGCAACGAACAAUUGCAGAUGGUGGACAGGUGGAUAGUAGCGGGACUGCGCAGCAGAGUAUGUCGGGCACUGCAACAGACUGUCAAACCGAGGAGGAUGAUGGAGGCAACUGGGGCAUCAUGUCGCUGCCCUCGGUGCUUCCCCGGAGGGUGACGUGCGAAUGCGGGGUCGGAUUUACAUCUCCAAGGCUUCUCCUGGAGCAUCUGCAGAAGCAUGCACGAGAAUCCUACACAUGUCCGACUUGUGGAGAGACUGUUAAUUCCUGGGCAGACUACGAAGUUCACCUGCAGAUCCACAUGCAUCCUCGUCACCAGCUGCUGAAGGGAAUACAGCCAUCACAACCUCUAUUGCUUAGAUUUCAGCAACAGCCGCCUCAGCUGCAGCCAUCUCAGCCAGUGCAUCAGCCUCAACCGAAGCAGCAUCGCACAGAGCCGGUUCAAAAUACAACAAAGAAGCAGCAGCGGAUUGUAUGCUCGCGAUGUUGCAACACUUUCUCCACUCGCUGUUCCCUUCGUAGGCACCUAUCCUGGAAUCGAUGCAAGGGUGUACGGGCCACAAAUCCCGCAAACCCGCCCAAGACGUAUCACUGUUCCAACUGCAACUCUGACUUCCCGAACACAAUCAGUUUGAUGUUUCACCAGAGGAGCGGGGCUUGCAAGCCCGCCGUCAAGCCUGUGCGUUGCCCUGCUUGCCUUCGCUGGUUUGGCACCAUGGACGGUUUGCAGAAACACCUGCUGACUCACAAAACAGACAAAACUCAGAAACAGUCUGACUUAUAUCGCUGUGACGUCUGCCAGGGCACAUACCCGAACCUGAAAUCACUCAAAAACCACCGCAGGAGGAUUCAUCGCAUCAUGGCUGGAGACACCAAGCCAAAAACACAAGAGCAGCUGACUUCUUAAUGACACUUUCUGAAAAAAAUGGCUAACAGGGGAGCGGUGCAUUUAAGAACAGACCACAUUUUAGCAUAGUUCGUUCUUUCCAUAUGUGCCAAUUGUAUUUUACUUAUGUUUGUUUUUUUGACACUGUACAGCCACAUGAGUUUUUUUGUUGUUUUUUUUAAAGCAACUCUGAGAGUGUUAUAGUAGCUCGCCACUGUAAAAAAAGAAGCUUUGGUAUACUGUACAAUUUGUUUUAUCCAGUUAAUCCCUUAUAUUGCAUAGUCUCAUUAGCCUGUAAGUGUUUCUGAGUAUUUGAUAAUCAAACUUUUAUGACAGAGUUUGUGAUGUAGCUCGUUGUUGUUCCUGGUGUUAAUAAACAUACCAGUAUGUGAAACAAGUA